UUCAAUACUUUUCUUUCUGACAUGCUUACAGUCGCUCCACAGACAAAUUGAACAAGGACAACUCCCACUGUACUGAAGUAAAUCUGUUACGUUUAAAAUAAACUUCCGGUUCUUCUUCUUCUUCCUCACGCGUCAGGCCGGGUGGACGCAUCUGUGUCAUUUUCUGCCUCCUACAGGCCAUUCUUCUCAUUGCAUUUUUUCUUUUUUCUUUUCUUUUUCUUUUUAAAUUCGGUUCCCUUUUUUACUUUAACAGACACACCUACGGACAAUUUUGAGUCGCCAGUUAACCCAACGCACGAUUCUGGAUUUAUGGGAGAAAGCACAUGCAGCGGGACAAAGUAGUGUAUGAGCAUUCGCCUGUGAUCGAUAACGCUCGCUGAUGUCACAGCACCCUAUAAAGAGCGGGAGUACACCUCCAAAGCCAACCUUCACUUGACAUCAGCACCAUGUUGAGCACCCGGGCCUUCCUCCACCUCUUCCUCCUCCUCGCCACCGCCGCCUUCCUGUUCACGUCGGCUACCGAGGACGCUUCGGUGGAGACGCGCUCGCUGGAUUUCACGCUGAAAAGUCAACAGGAGAAAGAUUUGAUUGAUGCUUUACAAGAAGUCCUGGAGAAGCUGAGGAACAAAGAGAUGCCCUCUGAGAAAAAGCUGGGCUGGCUGCCCUCGUGUGACGCAGGGGAGCCAUGCGCUGUGCGUAAAGGCUCCCGAAUUGGCACGCUGUGCAGCUGUCCGCGAGGGACUUCCUGUAACUUCUAUGUCCUCAAGUGCUUGUGAAAGAUAACAAAUGAUGCCGGGGUCCAUUGCAUUGGUCUGCAUACUGUCCUGUUUCAUGUGUUGUGACAAUUCCAAGCGUCAUAUGAAAAUGGCUCAACAGUUGUUUUCCUCAGGGGCAACUUCCUUGUUAUUUUGGUGAGAAUAUCAAAUAUAAGAUAAGUACAUGUUGUGCCUUAAGUCAUUGUUCUAAAAGAGAGGGGGGAAAAUGGAA